AGCCGGGUGUAGCAACAGCUGGGCACGGCCUGGGGUAUUCAGCGUGGUGGUGGUGGAGGUGGUAGUGUGGUUGGCUUAGCGUGUGGUUAGAGACAGUACCUUGCAGCGUGGAGGUUUCACGCCCACAACCCAUGAGUGGACGCCUAUUCCUCACUUGCCUUUGCUACCAUGGCCACUUGUCGACGCAAGGUUGAGGUGCUGGUGGUUCUGUUGUUGACGUUAGUGCCUCGGCCCGGCCCCCUGGAACCGCGUCCUCCCUGUAUACGUGAUAAAGCGGCUCUCGUGAGGAAGCUGGUUAACAAGCGAUGGAUGCCUGUGCUGGAGAAGUACGGGGUGACGCUGCCCCUGGAGUGCCCCUUACAUAACGCCAGGGACGUGUUCGCGCGGCAGGAGGAAGCCAAAGUCCACGUGCCGCCCCAGUGGACCUGCGGGUUUUGCGGGAAGGCCUUCUACCACGAGGCGCACCUGGACAGACACCUCGACAACCGCCACGAGGAACACCUAAAUAAUGGCGAGGAUGCGGUGUGCCUAGCGGACUUCUGUGACGUCAUGCGGUGCGAAGUGUUGCUGGAGCGGCUCAGGGACUUCGAGGACACGCCCCCCGCUGCCACGGCGCUCGACCUGUGGCACCAGCCGCUCCUGCUGUCGUCCCCGUCGCUCCACCAGGGCCAGACGCAUUCAGACCAGGCGGUGGAGCGAGCCCUCCCACGCAGCCUGAUGAGGUCGUCCCACGCCUCCCACCCGUGGUACCAGUGGACGCGGCAGCCACGCCUCCGGGACCCUCCUCACCCGCCUCCGCCUUCCUCCACGACGCCCCGCCCCGCCCCCGACCUGUCCCGGGACCGCCCCGACGACGGCAGGAGGUCCGUGGACGACCCUGUGGUGGUGGCAGGAUGCGAUGCGGACGACGCGGAGUGCGCGAACCCGCCGGAGGAGACGUACAAUGACAGCGGACAGGUGGGUGGGGGCCCGCGGGAGCUGCCUCUCCACCCGUUACACUCGUGGCGUGACACGUGUAACGAGGAACACCUGGCUGAGCUCAGGGUCAAGUGCCAGCAAUUGAUCCAGCAGUGCAUCGGGGGCCUGCUGCUCAACCUAACACUGGAGCAAUUCAAGGAGGUUGAAGCUGCCCUGAGCCGUGCGGUGUGUUGGUACCUAACGUGUGAGAGGUAUUGGGAGGCCGGUACCAUGGAGCCUCCAGAGUUCCCGUGGGGCCUCGUCACUGGUUUGGUUCUCCUGCUUACCCUCGGGGUGUCCCUCGCUUACUACAUCGUCUGGGUCCUGUGCGAGUCGCAGGAGGGCGCCGCGGCGUCGCCCACCACCCUGCCGGAGGAGCGCCCUGGCCCGUCGCUCCGGACCUCGAAGGCGCGCCACUCCGCCGCCACGGAGUCCGAGAGCGAGUGUCGGGACUCCGGCUUCAACGAGGGCCCUCUCUACCCCGACGUCAGCGACGCCAGCCACGCCUACAGCGACUAUGACGGCCAGUCCUACCGCUCGCGACACUACUCGGAGGACUCGAGGCUCUCCUACGCGCCCGACGACCACGCCCACGCCCAUGGCCACCCGUCGUCCAAGUACUACAUCACGGAGGAGCGCAUGUUCAACUACGCCACCACCUUCACGCCCAACUACGAGCAGCGGCGACUCAGAAGGAAUCGCUACAAUUAUCUCGACGACUACGACGACUACCAGGACCUGGGCGAGCACGACAAAUACUACGACACCUCGAGUUUAAGUCAGGAGCAGAGCGACAGUUUCAUUUACGUCUCAUACCCACCUGAAGUUAAGAAAAGAUUCACGGAGAACAGGUGAUAAAGAGACGAGGUGUUUUAUCGUUGAUGAACACAAUAAAAAGAGAAAACAGAAAAAGAACAAAAGACAAUUAUAUGGGGAGGGGGGUUGAUAAACAUUUAGGCUUGUAUCUUCCAUGAAGUUUAUAUAGAGUGAUAUAUCCGUUAGUUGGUCGGUGUAAAACUCGGCAAGGAGUGCGGCGAGCAGAUGAUCUGCGAUGCGCCCGAGGAAUAAAGCCGUAGAGAUAUUGUCUCAAGGACUGCCGCAGGACCGCCAUGAGGUAUGAGGUGUUUAAGACGUUUAUGAGUCACCUCGCCUGUUUCUAGCCAUAGAGACUCUGGAGCUUGUGGUUGUACAGUACAUUCCCAUGUCUUUCUUGGUUCACAGUUAUUUCAAGCACGCUGUGUUUGACGAACUCCUAAUGGCAGGAACAAGGGCAAGCGUUAGUGAGAAUUCUGAGUUUGUGAUGAGGAGAUAAACGAAAUUGAAAGACAAAAUACUAUAAAGUCUGUAACGAUGUUGUAGAUGAGAUAGAUAACUUGCCGUGAUCGAGAAGAAAUAACAAAGACAAGUGUUCCAAACAGACAAUAAAACAGGAAGCGAUCGUGAGCAUACAUGAGCAUACAUAUAUAUGUGUAUUGACCCCUUUGUGGAUAUAUAUAUGUAUACAUAAUGAGUCUCACCAAUUUCCCUUUUUUGUAAAAUCUAGUUUGUUCAAGUAGUGAUUUUGUGAGUGAGGGAUAACGCGGUAGAAGUACAGGAAAAUACAUUAUGGACCAAAUAUAACUGUUUCAUGUUAGACGAUGAAAAUAAGCAUUGCUUACUAAGGCCUCUAGGGGCUAGGUGCUCCCCCUUCCCUGACCAAGACUCGGUAGGACUCUUAGACAUUCCUUGAGCUAUAGGGUCUCGUAGCGCCCGUGGAUGCAGCGGUCCAAGGGGCGGAUCGUGCAACCACUGCAACGCGCAGUAAGAGAGCUUUUGUCCCAACAGUGCUGUCUUCAGAUAGUCUUGCCCGUAGCCUGAGACGUAGCAUUGUGGUGAUUACGAGCCCUCCCCCUCCCCCUCCCCCUCUCUCCUCUGCCUCUCCAGCCUCCCCUGCAGAGGGCUCGGAGAGGCGCUUCACUGGGGGCGCCCUUCUGGUCGCGGGCGAGGAGGUGUGCUUAGAUCAUAUUUUUAUAUUUGGAAAGUACUCCCACUGCAUAGACUGUUUUGUUGUCCGAGUACAAAGUAUAGAGAACUCGUGUUUAUGAUUGUUUAUGAUGUUUAUAUAAGCUGGUCGGUGGAGUGGACGGUAAGGAAAGACACAUGAAUCUCGGUAAGAUAUUGAGGGAGCUGGUCACGUGAUAUGAAUAGCAGGACUAGCUUCAACCUCGUGUGUUAAGGGACAUGCGUCGCCGUUUGUUCCGGGAGAUUAGAGGGAAAAAAACUGCCUCAUACACAUUGCAGUGAAGAAAAAUAAUUUCUUCGUAGCCUAGUAUUUUUUCACGUUGUUUAUAGACGUAUAUACAUAUAUAUAUAAAUAUAUUUUACAAGUGGGCCUACUUUAAGAACCUGCUGGUUCAACCUCGUUGUGACACCGGCGUGAUCGUCUCCUGGUAGAAGUUUGUUGCUCAUUUCAACCGAGGCCAAAGAACCGUGAGUUCGCAUGCUGUUUCUUUUCCCGCGGACGCUGUUAGUUCGGAGUGUUGUUGCCUGACGUCUCGCCUUUGGUUCGAACACCACAGUCGGUUUGCGGUUCACUUGUUCGAGACACUGAUUCGAAUGUGGUUUUCUUGUCGCCAGAUGGAUCACGAGAUGUCACGUAGGUGGGGGACGAAGUGAUUUGCAUAGGGCUAUUUUCAUAACCUGUUGAAGAAGAAGAAAAAAAAAAUGUUCUUACAAUCUACUGUUUUUCACAUUUAAUGUUUCGCCCGUUAGUUGCGGGUUCUUACUUUUUCUGCGGUCCGUCCUCCUUCCCUGUAGGCCCAGGAUCUGCCCGUCUUCUAGACUUUGUGUACAUAGAUUGAGAGUAGGACGGCAAGAUCUGUAGUCACAUUCAGUAGAGUUAACAGAAACCAAAGGCUUUUGGGGUACCGUGCUUGUAAACACUUUGUAGCUUCGCUUGUCUUCCGUCGUGUCAGAGGGACUGUCAGAAUAGAAGAAUCAGUUUUUAUUUAUCUAUUUAGUACUCUUUGAUAUGAAGGAGUUCGAAAGGAAAGAGACAACCCGUAACUAAAGUCCUUUAUAUCUUAUUAAUUGGAUUUAUGCAUCAAGUUCUGAUAUCCCUGAAUUAUGGUCAUAUUUAUGGUCAUGCACCUUAGCACUUAUGAAAGUACCAACGAAAAGUAAACAUUUCUAUCCGCCGGAAACACGAUCGCAAAGAAAUGAAAGGUAGACAGACGCACCACGUGUCUCGAGCGACCUCCGUCUGACACGUCGGCGGACAAGCGAGAGAGAACAUUCGCGCAGUAGCUGUGUCGCCGCCGAAGAUACUGUGUAGUUGCAGGAUAAUUACUUUUAGAUUUUGGGCGGCAUUUUCACAUGGUAGCUAUGUAACCAAAAAAAAAAAAAGAUCAUUACGAUAAAUCAUGGACGUCGAAAUUUCAUAUGCAUCCAUUCCAGAAAUUCUCGAAAUACUUUUUUUCAUUAUUAUUCUUUCUCUUUAAAUUUUUUACCGAUCGCGUUGCGGAGUGAAUACUCGUACGAAACCCAGAAUAAGACAAACAAAUGAUCUCUCAGCAAUAAGUAAGUUAUGGUUGUACGAUGGCUGUGACAAGAAGGACCUUUUGGGAACAGUUAAGUCGACAAAGGUGCGACGAGUAGGACUGUGUGGUGUUUACGUAGGACAGUGAGUAGUAGAAGACAGUAAUAUCGACUCUUAUUAUCAGACAAAAGAACUGCAAUUAUUUCGGUUUGUGGUUUAGUUCCAGGAAGCAUUAGUGUAUGUAUAAGGAUAUUUCUUAUAAAGUCAAUGAGAUUAAGGAAAGGAUUGAUGCUGUUACGCGCACAUUAUGAGGAUGUUUUAUGAAGUACAUCACAUGCCAAAGAAAGGCUAUGCUAAGGUAUGUCAUUAGAUUUGAAAUAGAAAUUAGAGGGAAUUGGUAUCUGUGAAACGGGAAGCAUACUGGUGACGUGCAGAGUUCUUUUAUGACACAAGGUAAGGAGGUUGCAAUUGAGGGUAUAUGGCAUGGUUUUGAAAAUUGGUGUGAAAUUGUAUAAAUGCGAAUGGCAAGAGAGAGCAAUGACAAGUUGAAAGUAGGGAGACCUUUUCUACCUUCAGGGCCUUUAUUUCGAACACUUCACUACCCUCUGUUCCCGUAAAUCUUCUCCCUACCACGUUUAACUUCUUUGAAGAAACAGAUGUAAGGAUUAUGUGUGUGAAAAAUAAAAACUUCCUCGUGAUGAACUAUGUAUAUAAUGAUAAGCUUGUGACUGCCACCUGGCAACUGGUCAUCAUCGGUUGUCGGAUCUCAUAUUGUUUUCAAAGUCGAUGUCAUUUUCUCCUCUUUUUAUCGAUAACCCCUUUUUUAAGUAUAUGUUUAUAGCACAAAAGUGGAGUGCACGCUACUGCCUUUAUGUACAUACACAGACAAGCACCUACACAUAAGCUGUCACACAAACAUUACAAUGUCAUUCUUCCCAAGACACUCUCUUCCUUACCUUACAUUGCGCACAUAUUUAUUGCCACGUUUUGGACAAUAUAUCAUCUCUGCAAUUGCUAGAUUGACACAGGUUUGUGAUCAUCAUCAUCAUAAUUAUGGACGGUGUCUUGGUAUAUUAUAUAUUUUUUGAUGGUUUUGAAGGUAUGGCUAUAAUUGAUAUUAUUGUUACUAUGUAUGUAUGUUUUUUCACAGUGUUCCAAAAAUAGAGCACAGUGGAGAGAUCUCUGUGCUUUUUGAAGACUAGGUAAUCCGUUGUGAAAUUUCUUAUAUAUGAUAACAUCGAAAUCUCAUUUGAGAAUGGUGUUAAUCACUGACAUUAAAUGGUAUCAUUUCAUUGGAUUAAUAAAACGCACAAUUAAUUAGAUACUGUGAGAGAUUUUAUUGCGUGCACGAAAAGGGGGUUAGAAUAAAUGUACCUGUUUAAUAUUUACACAUA